UCAUGACCGAUAUCAUCACCUCAAUAUAAAAGCGCCAACAAAUUCUCACGGUGCUUAAUUAAUUACCAGGAAAAUUCACAAUAAUAAGAGAGUGAGGUAGAGAGAGAAAGAGUGGCAUCUCUGGGUUUCGUCUCCUUGGGUUGUGCCGUUUUCUCUGCCGGUUGUGUUACCUUUUGAUACAAAGGAAUUAAUAUUAUCUAGGACAUGGAGAAAGUUUGCCUGUGGUCAGAUUGCUACCAACAUAGGGCCUUUUCAUUCCAAGAAGUUCUUGACUGGCGAUUUUCCAUCGUUGGAGAUUUUCUUCUUGUUUCUUUUGUCAAUUGCACUUAGGCAAAAGCUAUUGUGAAGUGAGUGCGGGAAAGUGAAUGCGUAUAUGGUAUAUAAUAGAUGUUGAAUCUUUAGUGCGCUUCUACAAGUGAGUGGCAUAAACCAAUAUAUUCGGGAAGCUGCUUAUGCCGUUACUUCUACGAUGCCAUUGAUCUUCUUAUGCAAUUCCUUUGCUGAUAGUCCAAUGUUGAUGCAACAUCUCUUUUCUGAUCCUUUGGAAUCUUUUUUCUUGAGAGUGGUAGUGAAUAAUGUUCAGUCACCUUUAUGUGUUAUGCUCGAUGGUCGGUUGACAAAAGCUGUAUUCAGUCGAUUGAAGUGCUGCAUCAGAUUGAUUAUCUUGCACAGGAACAUAAUGCCCAGAAACAUAAUACAAAAACGUACUUAUCUGUCUUGUUUUCGUUAUCCAGUAAGUAGCAUUCAGGAGCUGUUGGAUUGCAAAAUGGAAAGGUGGAUUCAGCAACAUAAUGGUCGGUGCAGAUAUAAGGUCAUUAAAGAAGUCGGUAAUGGCACCUUUGGAAAUGUCUGGCGAGCUCUAAACAAGCAAUCUGGUGAAGUGGUUGCUAUUAAGAAAAUGAAGAAAAAAUAUUACUCGUGGGAAGAAUGUAUUAACCUCAGAGAAGUGAAGUGGAGUUGCUGUGUUGACAUCUUUCAGGAGUGUAAUUUAUACCAGCUAAUGACGGAAAGACGAAGCUUCUUCUCGGAGACUGAUGUGAGGAACUGGUGCUUUCAAGUAUUUCAAGGUCUUGCGUACAUACAUCAGCGUGGAUACUUCCAUCGCGACCUCAAGCCAGAGAACUUGCUCGUAUCAAAUGAUAUCAUAAAGAUAGCUGAUUUUGGUCUUGCUCGGGAGAUCAAUUCUCAACCUCCAUUGACUGAAUACGUUUCAACCCGCUGGUACAGAGCUCCUGAAGUUUUGGUUCAGUCUCCAACAUAUGGUCCCCCAGUUGAUAUGUGGGCAAUGGGAGCGAUAAUGGCAGAAUUAUUCACACUUCGUCCUUUAUUUCCUGGUUCCAGUGAGCCUGAUGAGAUCUACAAGAUAUGCUGCGUGAUAGGGAGUCCAACCAGGAGUGAGUGGAAUGAGGGUCUUGAACUUGCUAGUGCCAUAAAUUAUCAGUUCCCAUGGGUUCCUGGUGUCCGUCUUUCUUCCUUGCUACCAGGUGUUAGUGAGGAUGCAAUCAACCUUAUCAAGUCCCUAUGUUCGUGGAAUCCAUGCAAGAGGCCCACAGCCUUGGAGGUCCUUCAACAUCCUUUCUUUCAGAGUUGCUUUUAUGUUCCUCCAUCUGUACACUUUAAAGCUGGAACACCUCCUGCUGGAGCAAGGGGAGGUUUGGAGCAAAAUUAUGGAAUGAAGUAUAUGGGGAGUUCAUCAAACUUCAAACCGGAAAAUAGUUUCCCAUGUGCAAAGCCACAGGCAUACAUGGUUCCAGGUGCUCAACGGAAGUUGGACAUGAAUGAUCAGGCUUUGACUAAAAAUCCCAAUGAAUUAAGGAACUAUUCCAAGCUUCAGCCAAGAUAUCAGCCACCUGGGAUAAACUGCCCAUCUGUUAACCUAGGGAAAGCACAUGGUGUGGUGGAUGCAGUUGAUAAGUUUGCUAACAUGGCAGUGGGGCCCGGUAGGCCUCCACCUAUGAAGGUUGGAUGUUGGCAUAAGCAAUCUGAUUUGUUCCUUGGACGUUCACAAGAAAUUAUCCCAACACAAGCAGCUUAUAACAGGAAGGUUGCUGGAUAAAAAGAGAGAUUGCUACAGUUAUCACUUAUCUGGACAAGUUCUUAUGCUUCUGUUUGUACCUUAUGCUUUCUAUUUGUGUCUGGCAUAUUUGUGUGUUUUAUCUUAUGAUGUGUUGUUUCUCUUCCCGUUCCCAACUGAAUGCAAAAUAUGAAUACAGUCGCUUUUUAAGCUAAUGAAAGUAAUAAAUUAGUAAUAUAGUUGCUUAGCCUUUGGAAAUGUUGCUUCCAACUCAACACAAUGUUCACUGGUAAUGCAAAUGGC